GCUGUUACUUUUCCUAGCCGUAAAAGGCUGUUUUUUGUGACUUGGUUCAAAUGCUAAUGUUCGCUUGCUCUGUGUGUCUACAAACUUGUAAACAGUGGACCUUCAGGGCCAGUCUGGCAGAAUGCCCAAGAAAAAGAAAAACGGACACAGCGCACUAGCAGGCCAGUCAGGAGAAAAUGCCAGCGCUCAUUUUAACCCCGGGCCAGCGGGAGCAGCUGCAGUGACACGCGAUCUCUCGGGAUCUACUAUGACCGAUUUGAGUUUGCAGAACAAGGAUGAGAUCGUGAGGAGCAUGCAUGAUAUGUUUUCUCAUCUGGACCCUGAUGUGAUUUACAUCGUGCUUUCCGAGGCCGAUUUUAAAGUGGAACAUGCCAUGGAUGCUCUUCUAGAGUUGUCUGGUGCUGCUGAGGGCAAGACCACCACAUCUCCUUCGCUUUCAGGGUUUGAAAUGGCUGCUGCUCUGCUGGAACCACGACCAUCUCGCACUGAAUCAUCCACAAUAAGAUCAGUCAUAUCAACCGUGUCCAAUUCUGAAGACUCACAUCAGGAGCUCAGCCUGGAAACUCGUCUAACUGAAGAAUUUGAUACUCUUAUUGACCAGGAAAUGGAAUCGUUAGCGAUGGCCCAGCCUCUACCAUCCUCUAUUACCCCUUCUGUCUUGCCACUACCUUCUGAGUCAGAGCCUCUUUCAUCUGGUGCUCCACCGAGUCCUCUUCCAGCUCAAGAUGGAGCUUUGAUGGAGCUUGAUCAGCUGGAUGUGGAAAAUGACUUCAAAUCAGGGUCUUUAAGUGAGCAGAGUACCUACUCCACUGCCAAGAUGGGUGAUGCUCAAAGAAAUGCUUCACCAAUAAACGAGCUCAGUUUGGGGGGUGUAUCCUUGCCCCAGGAGACUGGUAUCUCUGUUGAUUUUAGUCACUUGACCCAAGAUUCCCCCCUUACUGCCCCAAGACCUUCAGCUUUUAAGGCCUACCGCAGACCCGACGAGUUUCGGAAGCCAACAUCAGCACCGGUCCCACAGUCUCAAAGUCUGCACACACUCUGGAAUAUUGAAGCUCCAGAUUUCAAGCCCUAUGUGGAGGAACCGUCUUUUAUCACACCUGUUGUGCAAGCCCCUAACCCCUGGACAACUAAUCCUGCUUCUUGGACUCAAUGGAUGACUCCCAGUCACGCUCCUCUGAAGCCCUCGGCUACUGUUCCUAAGUCAUGGAUGCCUUCUCAGAGUCGACUCAGACUGGAAGGGCAGGUACUGGUGCUGCUCAGAGGAGCUCCAGGAUCGGGCAAAAGUACACUUGCCAGUGCAAUGUUGGAGCAAAACCCGGGUGGAGUUGUCUUAAGCACUGACGAGUAUUUCACCCACGAUGGAGUUUACCAUUACGAUCCACACUUACUGGGAGAGGCCCAUGCGUGGAAUCAUCGGAGAGCAAAAGAGGCGUUUGAGAAAGGUCUGACCCCUAUAAUUAUAGACAACACCAAUUUGCAGUGCUGGGAGAUGAAGCCCUAUGUUGCAUUGGCACAGAAGCAUAAAUACAGAGUGCUGUUCCGUGAACCCAACACCUGGUGGAAAACCAAACCCAGAGAGCUGGAGAAACGUACUAAACAUGGAGUAAUGAAGGAAAAGAUUCGGCGCAUGCUGGAGAACCAAGAUCGUUAUGUAUCUGUCCAGAAUAUAAUGGCUUCACAACCCAAACCCACAGCCAUCUAUGGUGUGGAUGUGUGUCAAACACAUCCAACAGAGCAACCUUCAGUAAGCCAUCCUGACCUACUGGGUGACCCUGGGAUUGGUAAACCUGGUAGCUAUCUCUCCUCCUCUCUGCCUGAUGUUUCAUCGGUUGGUUGUAAAUCUAGUUCAUCAAGCACGGGUGCAGCAGGAAGCAACAAUGGAUCACAUAGUUCCAAGGAAUGCAUGUCCUCCCAGGAAGAUGUUACAGAACAAUUUGAAGCACCACAGCCUGAGCAUGUAGAUGAAGUUGAACUGGAUGCCUGUAUGGCAAGGAACUUGGAAGAGCCUGUGUUGUUUGCAGAGUCGAUUGGCCAGCGGGUGAAGAGAGUGAGAGAGCAGGCCAGAACUAUAGAUGGAGAUGCUAGCACUCUGAACUGUAACAUUAUUGAUCCUGUAAGGAAAGCAAGUCAGGAUGAUUACACUGUGGAUCAUUACAUCGUGGAUGAUGCUGUCAGUUCAAAUACAGAAAAGCUUGAAUUUGUGGGAGAUUGGCCCUCUGAAAGCCUCGAACAGCGAGGACAACGGAGUCGGAAGUCAGUGUCUCAGAAAGUGGAAAACCCAAAUGAAGAAAUGACAAAAUCUAAAGAAGAUGCAACUAAAUCUGACAAUGAAUUUGCAGGAGAUUUUAAAUCUAACACCCCAAAUAAGACAGAGUUCCAGAAACUUCUAGAUCUUCUUCUAGGAGACAAUAAUGAAAUUACCCAAGAAACAACUCAGGACUUCCUACCCUUAGGUGGUGACAGAAAUCACUCAGUCUUAGUGACUAAGGCCCAGCCAGUUCUCCCUGACUGUGUCCUUGAUGGAAAGUCUGAAAUAUCCAUUGAUCCAGGAAAAGGUGACUCUCAUCCCCCAAGCCCCAUCAAAGAGCUUGAAGCCAGUCAGAAUGAGUCUUCUAAAAUGGAAACAAAAGAGGCAUGUGCAGAUGUACAUUCUCCAGCAAAUGGAGUAACUUCUCUGGAGAUGGGUUCAGAGCUGAAAGAUAAACCAAACAGUGAUGCAAACCUCUCCAUUAGCUCAGGAGGUGAGGUGGAGUGUAGUUCUGAAUCUGUCCGGGAGAGAAGGAAAGUUCCCGGUCGAAGGGCAGGAAAAUCCUGCAAAUUGGCACUUACAUUCACGCAUCAAAGCCCUUCAUCUUGUCUUCAUAUUGGGUCUCCAGUCACCUCACCGCAGCAGUCAGAGCUGAGUCCUUCACCAGAAAUGAUUUUAACAACAUGCCCCAGUGCCUUUGCCCAAACAGAACCUCAGGACUUUGCCCUCCUUUGGCGAAUUAACCAGGAAAAAUGUUCUGAGACAGAGUCAGACAGCUCUACCAAGCAAAUAGUUAUUUUGGAGGGAAACCCUGAGCGUUUUCUUCCAAAAAUAACUGAAAAGAACUCUUUGGAGCAGCAAGUGAUACCAUACCGUGUGUGUCAUGAGAAAGGCUCACAGGUAGAAGAGAAUGAUUUGAGAGAAUUACCAUUGAGUAAUUACAACCUGGAAAUACUUAGCCACCAUUUUAAACAUGUUCCCAAGGAGACUCUGGAGGACUUGUAUGAAAAGUGUUACCAGGAUUUAGAGUGGACCACCAACUUGCUACUUGAUUCAGGUGAACAUCUUUCUAAGGAUGAUGAUCAAGAUUUGGAAGGCUGUGGUUUAUUAGCUCAGGGUGCAAAGGAAGAAUCUAGUGAUCAUCAGGUGACAGGGGAGUCAAAAAUAAACUGCACAAAAGACACAGUAAGAGAAGAGACUGACAGUAAUUGCUGUGAAAACCCUGCUAUUAUAGUACCAAGUAACACUAGCGUGACUGUGAGCAUUGUUGAUGAGGAACCUGAGGACAUUAAUGACCAGAGCGUCAAACCUUUAGAGCAUCAACCUAAAGAGCCAGAACAAAGCAUGCAUGCAAAUGAACCUCCCGGAGAGAAUAAAGCGUUAAAAGAUUCUUUACAUACAGAGUUAGAAAGUGAAGUCCCAGAUGCUUGGGUAUUUGAGAAGUAUGUUGACGGAGGACUUGCGGAUGAGCAAGAAGAAGACAGAGAGGUAAAAGAAGAAGUAAACACAAUGUUGUCACUGCUUGAAGAGAUGGAGUGCAAGAAGGAGGAAGAAAGAAAGGAAAGAGAAAAAGAGAGAAGAGGUCAGAGGAAAAAUGGGCCGAUGAACAUUCAGACUCUGGAGCUGAAAUUAACCACAGAACUUGCUCUACAGCUCACAGAGUUAUUUGGGCCUGUAGGGAUCUCCCCAGGUGAGUUCUCCCCAGAAAACUGCUCAGUGCUGAUGGACCUAAAGUUAGCCAAACUCCUGCAUCAGAAAUGGAAAGAAACUAUCCAGGAAAAGCACAGACAAGCAGCUCUCUCCUAUCAUCUUCUACAAGAGAGUUCUGAACACUGGGGCGAGUCACAGUCAGCCACCGCUGGGUUCAGGGACUCGGCUGCUCAAUUUCUGAUUGGCGCAGACGGUUAUUCGUCACUCAGCAACCAAUCAGCUUUCCAAGAAGGCUUUCCAUUCAUGGACCACUGGAAUGUGUCCCGCCCCCCAGUUUCCCUCAGGGACAUCAUGCUUGAAGAGCAGGUGUUGCAGGACAGUUUAGAGAAGUCUAGAUUAAGUCGCUGGGAUCUGGACAAGAAAGAUGGAGCAGCUAUAGUAAAGGAGAAACAGCUCUUUGCUCUCUUCCCCACCAUUGACCGGCACUUCCUCAGGGACAUCUUCAGAGACCACAAUUACUCUCUGGAGCAGACUGAGCAGUUUCUACACACUCUAUUGGACGAUGAACCUGUGAGAACUGUAGUAGCACCUGAAUCUGUCCCGGAAAAUAAUGAAAAGCGUAGAGUUCCUAGCAAAGAGAGGAAGCAGAAGAGUGAGAUAGACUUGGCACAGUUCCAGGACAUAGAAGAUCCUGAAUACCAGGACUUUCGUACAGAGGCUACGCUUCAGAGGCAACGGCAGCAGGAGUGCUUUGAUAAAGCCGCCGAAGCCUACAGACAAGGGCGCAAGGAUGUGGCCAGCUUUUACGCUAAUCAGGGUCACUUACAUGGGCAGAAGAUGAAGGAGGCAAACCAUCGAGCAGCAGUGCAAAUAUUUGAGCGUGUUAACUCUACACUUCUGCCUCAGAAUGUUCUGGAUCUACAUGGCCUGCAUGUCACUGAGGCUCUGCAACACUUACAGCAGGUUCUCGCUAUAAAAACCACAGAAUGGCAGCAGGGCUUUUGCCGUCCCCAGCUCUCAGUCAUCACAGGGAGAGGCAACCACAGCCAAGGCGGUGUGGCUCGCAUCAGGCCUGCUGUUCUCGACUACCUCAGGAGCAAACAUUACAAGUAUACAGAGCCUAAAGAGGGUCUAGUGAUCGUCAUGCUACAUUGCGCUGAUUAGCUGCUGCUGUGAAAUGACGGGAACUUACUUUCUUCCUACAUAUUUUCAUACUGCAAACACUUUCUCUCUCUUUGUCUCUCACAUCUGACCUUAUUUUCAUACAUUUCAUUAUGUCUCACUCUGUCUCUCUCUCUGUCCCUCUUUGCUUCUGUCUGUCCAUCAAUCUCUCUCUCUCUCUCUGCUCAUAUAUGUAUAUAAGAUACAAGAAACUCUACCUUUGUAAAUAUUGUAAAAAGAAAGAUGGUUCUAAUAUCUGUGUAGAAAAUGUGCAGAACACAUUUGACUCCAUCAUUGGAAUGUUAAUGCUCACAUGGGUUUGAGGAAAGUGCUAAGCAAUAAUUAUCUGUCCUGUUACUGGUACUAAUCAGGCAAUACUUUUCCAAGUCAUUCUUAUAUUGAACAGUAAGUCUAGCCUGUAAUGUAAAAAACAACAGUUUUUACUUUUCCUGUUGAAACACAACACAGAGAAAUUAUUGUUUAUAUUAUUUAUCAAAUACUUGUGGACCAAUUAUGUAAAAUCAUGCUGUUUGAUUUAAAUUUUAUUUAAGUCUUUUAUACAGUUUACACUUUAGAAGGAGUGUGUGUGUGUGUGUGUGUGUGUGUGUGUGAAUUUAGUUAAAAAUUAACAGCUUGUGUCAUACUAAUUUUAUUGUGUAAUCUUAAACCAUCGUUGUUCAGUACCAGCUUUAGUCCUUCUCCUGUGUUUUUUUUCCCUGAUGAAGUAUAUUAAAUAACUCUUAAAAAAAAUAAUUUAAUGGAAUCUAAUUGGACAGAAAGUAUUUACAAACAGAAUUAUUGUGGGGGGAAAAAAUGUAUUAUGUUUUUGGAUAUUUUAUAAGUGUUGUGGUUUGCAGCGCUUGUAUUUUAUUAUCAUUUUACAGUUUGUAAAGCUGCUCUUCUUAAAGAUACCUAUGAAGUUACUUUUCAGAUUUGUAUAUCUUGAGGAAUAAAAUACAUUUUUAAAAAAUAUUCAGUCUUUUCUUAGGCAUUUAUUUCUGUAAAGAAUUUUAACGAUUAAAGAAAAAAAACAGCUAUAAUAUUUUUAACUGUGUUUACGAACACAAUAUUCAGUCCUGCGUUUAGAUUCUGUUUAGUCCUGUUUUCAUCAGUAAAUUAUUUACACAAGCCACUUAAUCAGACCUGAGGGGAAAAAUUUAAAGAAACGAGCUGUGAAAAUCUUUAUUUUCUAAGCUAACGCUUUUAGCCAUGUAGCUAGUUUCUGGUCCAUUUUACUACAUUAAGCUGAAUCUUUACAUACAGUAGAUGUGUGUUAUUGGAUAUUCCAUAACAAAGGAUCUGCUACAGAAUCUGAACUGGUUCAUGCUUAGAAAACUAAACAGCCUGUAAAUACGACAGUCUUGUAUAUUUUUUAUGUGCUUUCCUGCAACUGAUAUGCGGUGGUGGCUCAAGAGGUUAAGGCUCUGGGUCGUUGAUCAGAGGUUCAAGCCCCAGCACCGCCACAUUGUCACUGUUGGGCCCUUGAGCAAGGUCCUAGCGCUGACCCUGCGCUCUGACCCCAACCUCCAAGGAUGGGAUAUGCGAAGAAAGAAUUUCUCUGUGCUGUAAUGUAUAUGUGACAAAUAAAGGCUAUUUCUAUUUACUGAGCUGCUUGUGGACUGCAAUCAAGCAGAUGACGACUGAUCCAGAAUAUAAUAAACAAUCAUGUAAAUAACUCUGUCUAUGAAUACACACUACAGUAAAUGUUUACUUUAUCAAUCAUUAUAUACUUUUGUGCCUCUGUCACACAUUUAGAAUAUAGAAUAUUAUAAAGCUUAAGCCACAACAUUUGUCCCUUUAAUAUCUGCAUCAGAGAAAGGAGUUAUAGGCGUUAAGCCCUUGAGUUUAUGCACUGUGUCACUUGUGAUGGUUUUUGUUCUUUUCGUAAUUUAUCAAUGAGCACAUGUAUGCGACUUUUCAUCACAAAAAAGCCUAGCGUAGCUUUCUGUAGUUUCUGCAGAAAUCGUUGGUGGGGGG